GUGUUGAAUCUCGUGUCCUCGUGAUUCGAUCAGUCGAUCACGAACAAUCGUACAACUUGAGUCUGCGUUGAUAUUUUUAGUGCGAGAUUUCCGCGUCGGAGCCCGUCAUUUCCUCAAUGUGGUUGAUAAAACGCGUCGCACGUCGGUUUGUUUCUCAAUUGAGGACGCGAAAGCUUUAUCAAAACCAAUUCAAUAAUUUACACGCGACAAGGUACUCGAUUUUCGUGUCAUCCCGAGCAGACGACAUGAAUAACGUAAACGAUUCAUACCUGAGACACUUGUUUGACGGCGAUCCGGUGUUCAAUGUCUAUAAUCAUGAAGCCACGAACUUGUCAGUCGGUGCACCUGGCCCUGAUCUACUGAAAAACUGCACCGAAAUGUUGACCAAGUCUACGCGACAUAGAUUAGAGGAGGAAGAAAAAGAAGGAAAAUAUUAUCUCUUUCAAUAUGGUAUUACGGCUGGUUUGUGGGAAUGUCGCGAUGAAUUAGCUAAAUUUUUGAGCAGACGAUACGGUAACGCUGUAAAGAGAGAGCAUCUGAUACUGACGUGCGGAGCUUCGCACGGUCUGCAAUUAUUGUUGAAUACCAUACUCUCACCGAACGGUGUUAUAUUUGUAGAAGAAGUUACUUACAUGAUCGCACUCGAUGCUUUUAAGCAAUUUCCGCUGAUGAAAGUGGUUACAGUGCCAAUGAAGGAUGACGUAGUAGAUUUAGACGCGUUCGAAAAAAUAGUGGCUGAAGAAAAGGCAAAAGGCAACUUUCUUGUGAACAAUCAGAAAAUAUUCUGGGCAAUGUUCUAUACCAUACCGAUUUUUCAUAAUCCAACUGGAAUGACAUUAUCACCUGAUCAGUGCAAACGUUUGGUGGAAAUUGCGCGAAACAAUUCCAUAGUGGUGGCCUGCGACGACGUGUACAAUCUGCUUUAUUACGGGCAAGGAUUGCCGCCAUUGCGCUUAUUUUCUUAUGACAAUCCGGAAGAUCCGAACUACAAAGGAGGAAACAUUGUGUCGAACUGUUCCUUCUCUAAAAUCCUUUCGCCAGCAAUUCGCUUUGGAUGGAUCGAAGGCGGAUCGCGUAUUGUCAAUACGAUAAAGACAUCAGGCGUAAUGUGCAGCGGUGGCGCAGUCAACCAUUACGUUUCUGGACUAAUUGCAAGCAUGCUUCACGAAAAUAUUGAGGAUGAGUACCUUGACAAGAUUAUAAAGAUAUACAGGGAACGAUUAGAUACGCUAUGCGCAACUUUGGAUCGAUUUUUGCCGAGCUGUUGUUCAUAUCGACGACCAGGAGGCGGUUACUUCGUUUGGCUUCAUCUCCCUUCAGAUGUGGAUGGCACCAAGUUCGUCUCGUGGUGUCAGAAGGAAUACAAAGUAUCGGCAAUACCAGGAGUUCGAUUUUCAUAUACAGGGGAAGCAAAGAAUUUUUUACGUCUGAGCAUAGGUUUCCAUACGAAAGAAGUUUUAGAGACUGCAGCACAAACCUUGUGCAAGGCACUUUUAGUAUAUAUUAGACAAAAACUUGAUAAAACCGAUAGUAAUAAUUCUUAUUGAAGUUUGGAGUGUUUUCUUAAAUUUCUCUACGAUAGAAGCAAAAGAUAAAUUUUUAUUUUAGUUGAUAAAAAUUCCAAACUUCAACAUAAUAAUUCGAAAACACAUUGACUUGACUUUUAAAACACAUAACUUUGGCUUUUAACUGAGUGACUGAAAAAAAGAGAACAUUGGUAUGUGCAUGUUUCCUGUUCUCUCUUUUAUGUAUACUGAUUUUAAUAUUAUUUAAUUUAAAUAUAUAAUGAUGAUUAGAAAAUAUAUACAUAUAUAACUCGAAGAAAAGUAUAGUGCAUGCAAUGAAAAGUAUAUUCAGUAAACAUAUACGUAAGACAUUAAAAAAAAGUAUUUUAUGGCAUAUACAUUUUAUAUAUAUUUUAUAUGACUUGCAAAUUUAAUGUUUUAAAUUGUAUAAGUUUGUUAUGCAUCAUAAUAGUAUUAAAUAUUGAAAGAGGAG